AUGUCGGAUCCCAACGCUGUCAAGGAGGCCGAGACCUCCAUGGCCAACCUCUUGCUUGACGAGGUCACCGGCGAGAAGGUGUCCAAGUCCGAAUUGAAGAGACGCCAGAAGCUCCGCGAGAAGGAGGCCAAGAAGAAGGAGAAGGAGGCUGCUGCUCCCCCCAAGGCCGAGAAGAAGACUUCCGCUGAGGAUGAUGAGGCCAACCUCACCCCCAACCAAUACUUCGAAAUCCGGAGCAAGAAGGUCCAAAAGAUGCGCGAGACCAAGAACCCCAACCCGUACCCCCACAAGUUCCAGGUCACCAAUGACCUGCGCGAGUUCCUCAAGGAGUACGAUGGCCUUCAGAAGGGCGAGCAGAAGCCCGACAUCCCCAUCCGCAUCGCCGGACGUAUCUACACCAAGCGUGCCUCGGGCAACAAGCUGAUCUUCUACGAUCUCCGCGCCGAGGGUGUCAAGGUCCAGGUGAUGUGCCAGGCCCAGAAUGCUACCGGCAGCGUGUCCUUUGAGGACCAACACGAGCACCUGCGCCGUGGUGACAUUAUUGGUAUCGUCGGCUUCCCGGGACGGACCGCUCCCAAGAACCGUCCCGACGGUGAGCUUUCUAUCUUCGCUACUGAGGUUAUCCUCCUGUCGCCCUGCCUCCACGCCAUUCCCUCCGAGCACUACGGUUUCCAGGACAAGGAACAGCGUUUCCGCCAGCGUUACCUGGAUCUGAUCAUGAACGACCGUUCUCGCAACAUCUUCCGCACUCGUGCCAAGAUCAUUACCUACAUGCGCAACUACUUCGAUCAGCGUGAUUUCACUGAGGUCGAAACCCCUAUGAUGAACGCCAUUGCCGGUGGUGCUACCGCUAAGCCCUUCGUCACCCACCACAACGACCUUGACAUGAACUUGUUCAUGCGCAUUGCUCCCGAGCUGUACCUCAAGAUGCUGAUCGUCGGUGGUCUCGAGCGGGUGUAUGAGAUCGGUCGCCAGUUCCGUAACGAGGGCAUCGAUCUUACUCACAACCCCGAGUUCACUACCUGUGAGUUCUACCAGGCCUACGCCGAUAUGUAUGACUUGAUGGACUUGACCGAGGACCUUGUCUCCGGCCUUGUUAAGCACGUUACUGGUGGUUAUGAAACCACCUUCCACACCCAGACUGGCGAGGCCCACACUGUCAACUGGAAGGCUCCCUGGAGGCGAGUGGAGAUGAUCCCUGCCUUGGAGGAGGCCACCGGUGAGAAGUUCCCGCCGGGUACCGAGCUCCACACCCAGGAGACCAACGAGUUCCUCAAGAAGAUUCUCAAGAAGAUGAACGUGGACUGCUCCCCUCCCCUCACCAACGCCCGUAUGCUGGACAAGCUGGUUGGAGAAUUCAUCGAGAACACAUGCCAGAACCCUACCUUCAUCAUGGGCCACCCCCAGAUGAUGUCCCCUCUUGCCAAGUACCACCGUGACCAUCCCGGUCUGUGCGAACGUUUCGAGGCAUUCGUCAUGGGCAAGGAGAUUUGCAACAGUUAUACCGAGUUGAACGAUCCCUUCGAUCAGCGCAUGCGCUUCGAGGAGCAGGCCAACCAGAAGAACCAGGGUGACGACGAGGCCCAGCUGAUUGACGAGACCUUCUGUCAAUCUCUCGAGUACGGUCUGCCCCCCACCGGUGGUUGGGGAAUGGGCAUCGACCGUCUGGUCAUGUUCCUUACCGACAACUACUCCAUCAAGGAGGUGCUGGCCUUCCCCAUGAUGAAGGAUGACAAGACCGCGGCCGAGCAUAAGACUGCUGCCGAGGUUGCCGGUAUUGAGCCUUCACCUGAGGAGGGAAUUCCCCACAAAUAA